UCCAUAUAUUAGAUGUGUCAAAGUGACAUAAUAGUUGGAGUGUUUGCUGUAGCCCGAUUAAAGCGGUUGAUAUCUGAAUGUGUAGCCUAUAUCAUUAUAUAUCAUUUGUUGCAGUGAAAGAGCGGGUAUAAUCAAGAGAGUUAGUUCAAGAUGUCGGUUGUCGAGAUACCCGAUGGUGCAGGUAAUCAUCUCAGAUUGGUUGAAUUUAAUGGAAAACUUUAUCCCAACUUUCCAAUAGAAUCAAUAACCAACAUGAAAUCGCUAAAACUACGCGAAGAUGACGUCAUUAUUUCUGCCUAUUCUAAAUCAGGAACACACUGGCUGUUUGAAAUAUGUCGAAUGUUACUGGCGGGUCGACUUGAUGUAGAAGUCAUUUCUAAACUUAAUCUGAUGAUUGAAUUGGUGGCACAGGAUGUAUUAGAUCAAAUCGAAUCUCCACGUGUUCUGAACAGUCAUGUUGCUUUUAGCGACUUACCAACUGAUCUGGCUGUGAAGAAACCCAAGAUAAUCUAUAUUAGAAGAAACCCGAAGGAUGUUGCCGUCUCGUUCUACAACCAUUCUUAUAAACUGAAAGAGUUUUAUGAUUAUAACGGAGAAUUCAAAGAUUAUCUGGAAUUGUUUGUUAACGGAAAAGUUGACUAUAAUUCUUGGUUUGACAAAGUUUUAGAUUGGGAGAAGGUCAUUGAUAACAACACGGAGUAUUCUAUAUUAGAUUUGACAUAUGAAGAUCUCAAAGCGGAUCCAAUAGCAGAAAUCAGAAAAAUAUCAGAUUUUUUACAAGUUAAAAGAAAUGAAGAAUUUAUCAAAGAAAUAUGUGAUGCGUGUUCCUUCUCUAAAAUGCAACAAAGGAAAGGUCAUAUAAUGGCUGAUGGAAGUGGUCAAUCUAAUAUAUAUAGAAAAGGUGAAGUUGGUGACUGGAAGAACUGGUUUACUGUAGCCCAAAAUGAAUGGUUUGAUCGAAUCUACAGUGAGAAAAUGGCUGGAUCAAAAUUAAAAUUUAGAUAUUCUUUUGACGAAGAUGAGAAAUAAACAAAAUAUAUAAGAGA